AUUCUUUUUUCCAACAGCCUCUCCCUUCCUCCAGCGUCAAGCCCAUGUGCGGCCCUCCUUUCCACCCUCGCCUCCGCCUCCGCCUCCGCCUCCGUCCCUGACCUCACCGACGCUAGGGUCACCAUCAAGAUCGUCAUCGACGGCGUCGAGGUCACCCGACCGGACCUCUUCAACGACGGCCGGAUCGUGAUCCACGGCCUCCAAGGUCUCAUCAGCCCCCUCUCCUCGCUUUCUUGCCGUUAGGACUACCUUCCCUACCCCAACUCCUACUCUCCGCCGGAUUGUGAUCUCCGGCCUGAUGCAAGCUCACCUAGUGGUUACCCACUCCGGCACCGCGGACACCACCGCCGUCGGUCCCUCCUGAUGAUGCCUCAGAAUCAACUGUGUGCCGAUCGUUGCGGUUUCGACGUGGCAGGAUGCUAUAGGCUGUGCUAUAGCUGAGCCGGUAGACCGGGUCUACCCAAUAAUUUCUCCACGUCCACGCACCCCCUCCCAGCCUCCGGUUCUCGAUGUGGGCUUCAGCGGCUGCUGCUCUCCGCGUCAGGCGCGGCCCUCCGUCGCCCCCUCCUCCUCCUCGCUCUCGCUCUUCUUAUUCUUCUUAUCCGAACGUUAUUCCAACCCUAUUCCUGUCGACUCUUCCCCUGUACCCUGACCGCCUUCUUCGUAUGGCGAACCCUAAUCCCGAGCCCACCGCUCCCAAUCCCUCCUCGUCCUCCAAACCCUUCUCUGCUGCCUCCAUCUCCGCUUCCUCCACCUCCAGAAGAAGCGGGAGAGGGAGAGGGAGGGAUUCCGGCUUUAGAGAGGACCGGCACCGCGGGAGAGGAGGCGGCGCGGAUGGGGAUAGCAAUCGGAUAGACGCUCUUGGUCGUCUCUUGACACGGAUAUUGCGCCAUAUGGCUUCGGAGCUGAACCUGGAUAUAAGGAGUGAUGGGUUUGUCCGAGUCCGUGAUUUAUUAAAGUUGAACAUGACAACUUAUGCAAAAGUUCCAUUAAGAUCGCAUACUGUGGAAGAAGUUAAAGAGGCAGUGAAGAGGGAUAAUAAGCAAAGAUUUAGCCUCUUGGAAGAAAAUGGGGAGCUUUUGAUUCGUGCAAAUCAAGGGCACACAAUAACGACUAUUAGCUCAGAAAGCUUACUAAAGCCUAUCCUAUCUGCUGAGGAAAUACCAGUUUGUGUGCAUGGGACUUAUAAGAAGAACUUGGAAUCGAUCUUGAAAUCUGGGCUUAAUCGCAUGACAAGGUUACAUGUGCACUUCUCAAGUGGUUUACCUGCAGAUGGUGGAGUAAUUAGCGGUAUGCGUCGAGAUGUCAAUGUCUUGAUUUAUUUGGAUGUUAGGAAGGCAUUGGAAGAAGGAAUGAAGCUUCACAUUUCGGAUAACAAGGUGAUAUUAACUGAGGGAUUUGAUGGUGUCGUGCCUGUGAGAUUUUUUGAGAGGAUAGAAACAUGGCCAGGGAGGGAACCAGUACCUUUCGAAAAGUAGGUGUUGGAUUAUUUUCAUUGUAUGUUUGAUACAGUGGACCUGGCUACUCGUACCAGAUAUUGCCGAAUUUUGGUUGGUUGUAUCAAGAUAUAUUUUGAACAAGAUAGCAAAUUACAGCUGAAAAAAGGUCAUGAUGCUUCAAUGUUGGAAGCCUCUGUUUCACAAAGUUUUGAAUUAUCUACUAGCAUUGAUAUUUAAUUCAUCCCGAACUCUG